CCUUCCAGUUCCGACUUGAAGCAGCUCUCCAGCUCCAGACAGCAGUCUUUACUGAUGGCGGCGGACUCAACUUUCCGACUAUUCUCCUCUUCCUCUGAUGGCGGCGGCGGCGGCCUUACCCAAGGGUUCGGUUUUGGAUUCUCCGAAUCUCCUCAAACGCCUCUCCCGCCUCCACCUCCUUGCGUCGAGGUCCAUUCCUAUGAGGUUUCAACCACUGCCAAGUAUGCGAUAGAACCCGUGAACUUCGGCGAACUCACUUUGCUCAAGGGGCGGGUGAGCACUCAAGAGGUUUUUGCAUUAUCGAACUUUGAUCUAGUCCCUGGGAAAUAUGAAGGGGGUCUUAAGAUUUGGGAAGGCUCAAUAGAUUUGGUUAAAGCACUUCAGUCAGAGAUUAAAAACGGGCACCUGUCAUUUGCUGGAAAGCGAGUCCUAGAGCUCGGAUGUGGCCACGGACUUCCUGCAAUAUUCGCUUCCCUUGAGGGUGCUGUUACUGUACAUGUCCAAGACUUUAAUGCUGAGGUAUUGAAAUGUCUUACCAUCCCCAACUUCAAUUCAAAUCUAAAGAGAUCUCGAGAUUCUCGAGUUGAUAAAAUGGACGAGGAUGUUCGUUUCUUUGCUGGUGAUUGGAGUGAAAUGCAUCGACUUCUUCCAUACGCAAGAGAUAACAAAAGCGAGGUGAACCAUAGCCUUGAAUAUGAGUCGAGCAAGACCGGUUAUGACAUUAUAUUGAUGGCUGAGACUGUCUAUUCAAUCUCCACUCUGCAAAAUCUCUACGAACUUGUAAAGAAGUGCUUGGGUCAUCCGCAUGGAGUCGUAUACAUGGCAGCAAAGAAGCAUUAUUUUGGAGUCGGAGGGGGAUCACGGCGAUUCCUAUCAGUUGUAGAGAAAGAUGGUGUUAUGGUGACUAGCCUGGUCGCUGAGGUAGCUGAUGGCUCGUCAAAUGUCCGAGAAGUGUGGAAGCUGUCGUUUAAGUAAAACAUCGAUCCUGUCGUAGAUGUCUGUACACCAGGAUCAAUGUACAAUGAAGAUAUUUGAUGACAUUUGAACCGGCACCGGCUAGAGGCCACUUUAUUAUUCUGAGUUAUGAAUGCCUUGUAACAAAUGAGCAUUAUCAGUCCGCAUUAUGGUUCUUUGUUUUGCUUUUCAGAACUCGUGUUAAAACCUUCAUGCAGAAUAGUAUAGUGAUCUGAUUACAGAACUCCUAAA